AAUCCAGUUGCUCGUAGCUAACAAUGGGCCGGGCCGCGAGUAAACCGACGUCGAUUCGAUCGACUCAAACCCGCUUUCACAUUUGUAUAUUUGGGGUGCUGUAACUCUUUGCACUUUGGUAAGUUUGGUUUAGCAGAGAAUCUCUUAGAAGAUAGCAGUCUCGAACUCGAUCCAUUCUGCCAUGGCGAAUGCAACAGGGCGGUCGUUUUUGCAGGUGGCAGUUACAGAGGAGGUUGCCGUGCCACCGCUCAGAGUCGUUCAGAUAGAGGGCUUGGUUAUUAUGAAGAUAAUUAAGCACUGCAAGGAGUUCUCGCCAGCUUUAGUCACUGGACAACUCCUAGGACUGGAUGUUGGAAGUGUCCUAGAAGUUACCAACUGCUUUCCCUUCCCGAUUCGGGAAGAAGAUGAAGAAAUAGAGGCUGAGGGUGCUAAUUAUCAGCUUGAAAUGAUGAGAUGCCUGAGAGAGGUCAAUGUUGACAACAAUACUGUUGGAUGGUAUCAAUCUACUUUAUUUGGUUCAUAUCAAACGGUUGAACUGAUUGAGACUUUCAUGAAUUACCAGGAAAAUAUAAGACGAUGUGUAUGCAUAAUCUAUGAUCCUUCAAGAUCUAACCAAGGUAUACUGGCUUUGAAGGCCUUGAAGCUGUCCGAUUCUUUCAUGGAUCUUUACCGCAAUAAUAGUUUUACUGGAGAGAAGUUGAGGGAGAAGAAUCUUUCAUUUGUUGAUAUCUUUGAGGAGAUACCUAUAAAAGUUUCAAAUUCUGCUCUUAUCAGUGCAUUUAUGACCGAAUUGGAGCCUGAUACACCUGUAACCCAGUGUGAUUUUGAUCGGCUACAGCUAUCAACAAAUCCUUAUUUGGAGAGGAAUGUGGAAUUUUUAAUUGAGUGUAUGGAUGACUUGUCAAUGGACCAGCAGAAGUUCCAAUUCUACUACCGUAACCUUUCUCGUCAACAAGCUCAGCAGCAAGCUUGGCUUCAAAAGAGGAGGGCUGAGAACUUGGCACGUAAAGCUGCAGGAGAAGAGCCACUUCCGGAGGAGGAUCCCUCUAAUCCCAUCUUUAAGCCAAUUCCUGAGCCUUCACGAUUGGAUAGCUUUCUCAUUACAAAUCAAAUUGCCAACUACUGCAAUCAGAUUAACGGUGUUGCGGGACAGAGCUUCAACAGACUAUAUUUGAUGAAGGCACUACAAGAGAAUUGACAAAGUUUUAAGGAAGGCUUCAUUGGCAUUUUCUCCCCAUUUUCUUUAAUUUGAAGGUCACUUCUAGAUCUGGAAAUGAAUUUUGUGCCGUUUCUUUUAAUUAUUAAUCAUUUUUAUUUCGGUC